UUCAUGAUAAUCUGGCAAAACCAAUUCACAGCGACCAUUCAUGCUGGAUAAGACACUGAACACGCUGAUAACAUUGGUGGAAACUUUACAAAACACCCCAAAUAAUCAAGCCAUGAGAAGCCUUUGCUGUGCUGAACAAAGAUUUCUCCACAGCACAAAGCUAUCUCCAAUUAAACCAAAAUCUCCAGCUCUUCAACCCCCAAUAAAAUGGAAAAUACAAGCCAAAGCAAAAGGCUUCAGCGGAGGAUCAAACAAAAACCUUGUCCAGGUAAAAAAGGGCAUGUCGAAAGAACCCGAAAGCCGCAAUGGCAAAGAUGAUGAUGAGAAGCUACCACAAGUAGUGUUGGACAGAAUGAUCGUGAGGAUUUUGGUGUAUGUAGGGGUGCCUUUAGUUACUGGUAUAGUUAUGUUACAGGGCUUUGAUAUUGUUAAGGGACAGAAUGUUGAUGUUCCAAAGUGGCUGCCCUUCUUGACUACAUUCAUAACCUUUGGCACUUCUGCACUUGGGAUUGCUAUUGGAACACUCUCUGCUAGCUGGGAUGCAGACAGAGAAGGCUCGUUUUUCGGUUUCGAAGAAGCUCAGAGGAACUGGAUUGAAAUGUGGAAAGAAGAGGAUGAGUUUAAUUAAGAGGUGAUUAUGCUGCAUGGAUUAGCUUGCUAUAGGGUUAUCUGUAGUUAAUGGUUAAUUUUCUCCAUUAUAUAAAAAGCCUUGUUCGUUACUUGUAAUUGAUUAGGAGUCAGAUUAUAAGUGUUCAGUUUAAUAUAUGUGUUUGGAUAAUUUUAUAUUUUAGAUGAUUAUAAAAAAAAUUGAUAAUUUA